AUGGCAAGCCUGUUGCGCUCGUUGAGUCAACGAUUUCGACGCUCCAAACGGCCACAUUAUCAUCAGGGCGCAGCGGCCGCAGCUGGAACAAGUGCUUAUCAGCAGGUGAAAAAACAUUCACUUCCAAAAUUUUUAUUUGAAGAUUUCCCUGUUAAAUUUCAGAUUUCCUGGAAUUUGUUUACUCAUUUCAAUAAAUUUUUUAUAAUUAUUUAUUUCGCAAAUGACGGGUAUUGCAUGCGAUAA